AGAAAAGCAGCAAGGUCACACGGAUACGAAGCGUAUAGGUUUAUCAAUCAGUCGUCAGUAGGUUGGACACCUUUUUACUUUUUAUUAGGUGCAGCAUGCUCUUGAAGGUAAUCGUUUGCUGCGGCGUUUGGUUUGUGGUACUGAGUUCCAGGAGUGUCGUCGGUGGCGCGAGCAAUAAUAAGCGCGAUUCUCGGACGGUGACUUUCUCGCGCGCGGACAGGCAGGGUCAAGUGCGCUCGAGGAGCAAAAGGGAAGGCUGGCUCGGAUCCGCGGGAAACUUUGCGUACUGUAGGCAGCCUCUGUCAAAACAGGACCAUGAGAUUCUGGACGAAAAUACAGAAGAGACGGGAUUCCAUGGUGACGACGGCUCCAGCUUCACUUUGACAUGGGUUGGAGAUGGCACCGGGGUGAUUCUUGUGCUGUCUACGAUUAGCGCUCCCAUAGACUCCUUCUUUGAAGGAGGAUCCUCGCGCCUCUAUCGCAGUGAGGACUAUGGGAAGACCUUCCACGAUAUCUCGAAUGGCAUCAACCACACGUUCAUCCGUAAGGACUAUGGCGUCAGUGCUGGCCCGGGAAACUCAAAACAGGUCAUCAUCACUGCUGAUGUUCCCAUCACCAAGACGGAAGGUGGGCUCAUCUUUACCUCGGAGGACAUGGGCAUCACAUUUAAGCCAAUCGCGCUGCCCUUCCACCCUGCUCAGCCAAUCACGUUCAACUUCCAGAACCCCAACUACCUCGUGGCCAUCAGCACAGAUGGAGACCUUUGGCUCUCUCUGGACUUUGGGGACGAAUGGGAGAACGUUCACGAGGGAGCCCAUUCUUUUAUGUGGGGCGGAAAUGUCACUCUGUAUUUCAGCUGUAGUCCCAAAGGAACAGUCGAGGCUGAUCGCAGAGGAGAGCUGUAUCUGAAGCGGACGAAGGAUCUCGGCCGGACUUUCACAACUAUUGCCCAGAACAUCUUCUCCUUUGGCUACAUAGGGGGCUUCCUCUUCACCUCUGUCAUGGAGAAACUGGAAUCUCCCCGUGUGAUGUAUGUGUCCUCAGACCAGGGAGACACCUUCAACAAGGCCCAACUUCCUUCAGCCUCCACUGAACAGUUCUACUCUGUGCUGGAUGGAGAUGAGGAUAUGCUCUUCAUGCACGUCGACAAGCCAGGAGAGGAUACCUACUAUGGUACCGUAUACACCUCAGAUGACCAGGGCGUGCUCUACUCCAAGUCUCUGGAGCGGCACCUGUUUGGUGGAGAGGGCAAGAGCGACUUCACCAACAUCACCUCGCUGAGGGGAGUCUACCUCACCAACAUACUCGAUGAAGAUGGGGGUAUUCGGACCGUCAUCUCCUUUGACAGAGGAGGAGAGUGGAGCCGUCUGGAGAAGCCUCAGAAUGUCAAAUGUGGAGUCAACGUCAAAAACUGUCAUCUGCAUAUCCAUGGAGAGCACAGUCACUAUAACAACAUCAGCCCCAUGCUGCCCCUCACAGAUCCAACGGCCAUUGGCCUGGUCAUCGCCCAUGGCAGUGUGGGGGACUCGAUGUCGGCCAUCCGUCCUGACGUGUACGUCUCGAGGGACGGCGGCUACACCUGGUUCUGCACCCUGAAGGGGCCGCACUACUAUAGCAUCCUGGACUCUGGGGGACUCAUAGUGGCCGUGGAGUCACACAGGGACCGGCAGAUCAACUCCAUCAAGUUCUCCACAGAUGAGGGGCAGUGCUGGAAGUCCUAUAACUUCACGGACCACCCCAUCUUCUUCGCGGGCCUGGCGUCGGAGCCAGGCAGCAAAACCAUGAACAUCAGCGUGUGGGGAUACCGGCCAGAGGACGACGACCAGCCCAUGUGGGUCGCUGUCACCAUCAACUUUGAACACCUGCUGUCACGAGACUGUGAGGAGAAGGACUACGUGUACUGGUUGGCUCAUGCCAGGGCUGAUGAGGACUCACCGACCAAUGGCUGCGUCCUGGGCUACAAGGAGACCUACCGUAGGCUGAGAAGGCAGUCCGUCUGCAGGAAUGGGCGGGACUACGUGGUGAUCAGGAGGCAAACACCUUGCCCGUGUACCAGGGAGGAUUAUAUGUGUGACUAUGGUUAUUAUCGUCAUCAGAACAGUUCAGAGUGUGUGAAACAGGCAGAUUUCGUGGCCAAAAAACUGGAGCUGUGUGUUCACGGUGUGGUGGAGGAACUGGAAACCUUAGGCUACCGCAAGGUGCCGAGUGAUAAGUGCGAGGGGGGCUUCACACCGCUGCGUCGCCUCAGCACGGGACUGAGGCAUUGUGGGAACGGCAGCAGCAGCAGCCUGGCCUCUACCAGCAGCCCCCUACUGGAGAAACCGGCAGACUCCAUGAUGGUGAUCGUGGUGUGCGCAGCCAUGGGAACGGUUGUUAUUCUCAUCUGCAUAGCGAUUUUCAUCACUGUCAAGAGGAUGACGAGGAGGAGGCCCCCAGCGUACCUGUUCUCCGCCCUGCGACUGCAGGAUGACGACCAGUGCAUCCGGCCAGAUCCCGGCUCACAGGCCAGCAGCAACCGCGGCAGCUACCAGGCAGACUCAGACGAUGUGUGUUUGAGCGCACACCACAAAUAUUUAAUCACAGAUGAUUGACGACAGGCAAAACAAUAGAUGGCACUUUGGCACGCCCGCAUAUGCCUACAGUAUAUUUACCUAUGCAAAGCCUAUGAAAGGUGGCCUCUCGGGGAAGGGAAGGGCUGAACUCUUAAUUUGUGGCUCACAUUAUGGUAGAUACAACUGUUUGGAUACUGAACUGUUAUCAGAUACUCUGUAUGGGAAUCUGCAAUCUAAGUGCCAUCCAUUUACAACUUACCUAACAUCAUUUAUCAUCGACUAUUGUGUCUAUGACAGUGGUCUGACUACGUAAGUCAGUGGCCAUCAUCACUACUAUGCCAUAUUUCUCACACGACACACAGGACUGAUCUACGCUUAGUUCCUUAAUCAGUAUCACCUUUAUCAGUCCUGAUGUCAAACCUUUAACUAAAAUUAGAACCUGUGUAAGAAACUGACUGUAAAAUUUACAGAAAGUUCCUGGCUGAUAAUUACUCUAAAUGUACUAAUAGUACAGUAGGCCUUAACACAUUGAGGAGUGCGUUCACAUAUAUGAUUAGAGCGUUGCCAAAUUGAAAGUUCUCAGAAUUCCCAGACUGUGUAGAAUGUUUGUGUAAGAUUUCAAAGGAACUGACAGAGUAAUUCACUCAUCGAACUAUUAACACUUCCAACUGGUCAAACUGAUCACAAUGUUGUGAAAAGAAAUAACGAGCACAACAAACACGGUACACACUACAUCAGAGAUGUUAAAAGUAAAAGUAAAUUCAGUUUAAGUACAACACUAGCACAUGAUAUUACAUAAUUUAAGCUAUUGUACAUCAUGAGGUAGAUAGACUGUUGCUAUUGAAAAACACGUAAAACCUAUCAAGAAUCCACCACAAACUUGAUCCAAUCAGUGCAGAGUCAGCUGAUCGUAAGACAAGUGCAUAGGUCUACUUUUUACUCAGAUAAUUUACCUGUGUUGGAAAGAAACUGUUUCUUUUUUAACUUUUGACAUCUCUGCACGACAUGAACAUGAAUGUGACACUGAAUACAAGCAGUAUCGGCACUAACACUAACUAACUAACUAUGAGCCAUUAUGCUCUUAAAAUAGUAUAGAACUGAGGAGGGGUCUCCACCAUAAAAUAAUGUAAAGUGUGUUAUCACUUAUCAAUCACUAAUAUAAUGGUUACAACAUAUUGUAAUAAUGUAAUAAUGGUUGUAAUGUGUAAGCAGAGGCGGACAUUUUGGGCUCAGAAAGUAAUUCAAUUCAACCAGCCAUUCCUACUCAACACACCUCUAGACCAGUGUUUCCCAACCUUUUUUGUCUUGUGUACCCCCUAAGCAUUUUCGUUGUGCCAUGAGUAUCCCCUAAGUCAAGUUUUAUAUCGCUUUCUCUAUCCCAAUGUAACUAAGCUCCAUGUAUUUGUUAAAAUUACAUUUUUCCAAGUACCCCCUGCAAUGUGCUCGCGUACCCCUAGUGGUACACGUACCCCUGGUUGGGAAACACUGCUCUAGACUACAACCAUGUACUAGGGUGCAUGUAUUACAAAUAAAGGCAGAGAGAAUAAAUGGCAAGAUUUUCACUUUCUCAUGCCUGUUUGCCCACCUCUGCUUUUCAGUCAUUAGUUCAGUAGAAUAUGAGUUCCUGCACAGGAUUUUGUAUCAAAGUGUUGGAUAUUUUGAAGAUAUUGUUAAUUUGUUACUUGACACUUUGUGUUGUAUGUUGUUAUUAUAGUAAUCAUGUACAUUUAUUUUCCCUUGAUUCGCUUUUUCUUGUUGCUGUCCACAGGAGCUCAUUCAAUGAUCACACAAAAAUAACAGAAAUGGAAUCUUCCGAUGAACUAACCUUCUAGAAUGAGCUACUCCUGGGUGACUUGCGAUGUUUGGAUUUCGUGUCUAGUCUUGGGCGAUACACCGCUUGGUAGUGUGCCGUGCCUUUGUGAGGAGAGGAGAACUUUGAAAUGCUUAUAUGUAAAAUGUGAAAUCGUGCAUACCCGAACCGGAUAUUUAUUAUUCCUCUAUACUCAGUUGUCCUUUUCUUUUGAUAAAAUAUUUCAUUUUGUCUUGUUGCAGUAAUUUUGUGCAUAGGCUACA